AUGCCUCUUCACAAAGUACUAUUCUGGAGCGGCUUCGGCAUUGCCGUUCGUUUGUGGCAACUCGGCAUUGAAAUGCGCCCAUUAUUCCAAAAGCAGGCACUAUGGGUUUAUCCUCUAUUUGCGACGGUGGGCGGCAGUUUCGGAUAUUGGCUCGAAGGUGUUGAUAAAAGACAAAUGGCCAUCCUGGCAGAGCGGAAAAGGAGUCUGCUGGAAAAGCGACAACGGAGAGUAGAGAGGGAAGCCGCAGAGGGGGGCGCGGGGCUAUGA